GGGUUUAUUAAGACAGUGGGUCUAACGUGAAGAGGGCCAGAAAGCGGAGCCCAGGUGCCUUCCAUCGCUUGAGAGCCAGCGACCCCCGCCCUAGGCUUUCAUCUUCAUCAUGGCUGAGCUGAUCCAAAAGAAGCUGCAGGGAGAAGUGGAGAAAUACCAGCAGCUGCAGAAGGACUUAAGUAAAUCCAUGUCAGGGAGGCAGAAGCUUGAGGCCCAGCUAACAGAAAAUAAUAUCGUGAAGGAGGAACUGGCCUUGCUGGAUGGAUCCAACGUGGUCUUUAAGCUGCUGGGACCCGUGCUUGUCAAACAGGAGCUAGGGGAGGCUCGGGCCACGGUGGGGAAGAGGCUAGACUACAUCACAGCGGAAAUUAAGCGCUACGAAUCGCAGCUUCGGGACCUUGAGCGGCAGUCAGAGCAACAGAGGGAAACCCUUGCUCAGCUGCAACAGGAGUUCCAGCGAGCCCAGGCAGCAAAGGCUCCUGGGAAGGACUGA